UAGGAUAAGUAUUCAUUUUCCAUUUAGCAUAGACGAUAUCAAAUCAAAUUAUAAAUAAAGUGGUCCACAAGUUUUCAAAGGAUGAAGCUAGAAGGAUCAGCAUGUUGCUUUUGCUUCUCCACCAAGAAGGGUAUUGCAAGGAGUGGCAAAAACAGAGGAGUUUUAAGUUCAGACCACGUUGAGUGGGGAAAGAAUGAUGAAAUGCUCUCAGACAUGAGCACUUUUUCGGUCAAAGAACAAGAAAGGAGGCUGAAGAAAGCGUUGGAACAGGAAGCCAGGGUAAGCAUGGAAGCAGAGAGGGUGGUUCAACGGGUAAAGCAGGAAUCAGCUAGAAUUGAUCAUGCUUCUUCUACAAUCAAAUCAAUUCUCAUUCAUGAAGAAAAAGUGGAAUCGGUUAAAUCUUGCGUUUGAUUUGAGUAAAUUGAUUUGUUUUGUAAACUCUUUCCUUUUUCUAAGUUGUGAUCACGACCAAGAGGAACUUUUCCAUGAUCUCUUUAGAGGGUUGUGGUAUGCUAUUGUAAUUAGUUUUUUUUUUGAACAACUAUUGUAAUUAGUUUACUGAAAUGUAAAUUUUAAUACUCAUUAUGGUGUAUUAUGAAAUGAAA